CAUUGACUUUUAUUUUAUUUAUGGAGAGAGAGGAGAGAUUAAACUAGAUGUGAUACAGACCUGCUAGAAAGGAUACUACUGGAUUCAAGGAACAAAAACUUAGUCGGCGGUUCUCCCUCUCCCUCUCCCUCUCUCCCCCUCGCCAUCGCCCUCCCUCCUAGUUUAAAUCAUAGUAUGUUUUUUGUGUGCCUGUGCUUAUAUGAAUUCAAAGCCCCUGUGAUCAUAUUUCAUUUCAACUUAGGCGACGACAGUCUAUCUUCAAGGUGAUGCAAUGGAUUGCACAUGCGGAGUAGCUCAACUUAUCUCUUCAACAGCUUGUUGAUAAACUAACCCAGCCUGGAUAUCUCAUUAGUCUAUCUCUUAAGGAGCCUUCAUCUGAUCCACAUUCAGAACUCCUUAAAAUGACAUCAUCGGUAAGAAAGUGCACUACUUGGCUGGAAAAAAAAUGUCCUGCCUGAUUUCAUAUACACAGGCUGAACAAAAUAGGAUGAGAAGGACAUUAACAAAAAAGUCGCAUUCGUGGUGGUGGGAUAGCCACAUCAGCCCUAAAAAUUCAAAAUGGCUUGCAGAUAAUCUCGAGGAGAUGGACCAGAGUGUCAAGCAAAUGUUGAAGCUUAUUGAAGACGAUGGAGACUCAUUUGCUAAAAAAGCCGAGAUGUAUUAUCAGAAGAGGCCAGAACUGAUUGCGCAUGUUGAGGAACUUUACCGAAUGUAUCGCUCAUUAGCUGAGCGAUAUGAUCAUGUGACAGGAGAGCUGCGAAAGAGCAUGCCUUCAGAUCUUCAGAUGCAAGGCUCAGGCAUCUCUGAUGUUGGUUUUGAACCUCCUUCAACAUUGUCAUCUACAGAUCAGGGGUUGACUCGCCGUAAAUCAGGUUCUCGAGCUGCUGGUUUUGAAUAUUUUCUUGGCACAGGUGGAAGCAGCUCAGAUUUGUGCGACAAAGGAGAGGAAUCGUCAACGCUGGAUUCCGAGUCAGAAUCAGACAAUUCUUCAGUUAAUAAUUACUCAGGACAAUCAACCAAUGGUGAUGACCAGGGCCUACGUAAGAAGGUUAGUGAAUUGGAAGCUGAGCUUCGUGAUCUGAAACAGAGACUUCGAGUGCAACAAGAAGAACAUGUUGAUGGAUCUUUUAGGGUCACUAAAAUUGGGAAUUCUGAAGGUCUGUUUGCUCGACUUGCUGGAUAUGAAGAUGAAUUGAGUGCAGUGAAUGCAAAGUUCCAGCUCGCCAAUGAAGAGAUUGCUAGGUUGCGGAAUUUGCUGACUGAACCUGACGGAAUGCAAGAAGGUGUUGAAAUUAAAGGAGCAGGAACUGAAACUGAGGGAACGGGAGGGGCAGAAUCUCAGCUUGUCAGGUUGGAAGGAGAUGCUUCAGACCAAGAAGACAAGAUCAGAGUACUUGAGAAAGAGUUGAUAAUUACAAGAGAAAAGGUUCAUGAUUCAGAGAAAGAACUUGCCUGUCUAAAGCAUGAACUUGAGACUACUACGUCCUUGGCCCAACACUUGCAUGAUCAGCUUGGGUCAGCUAAGAAAGAUGCCUCUAUGUGGAAAUCUAAGCUUGAUAAAGAGAAGCGAGAAACUUCUAAGCUACAUGACAGGAUUGUCAGGUACAAAGCUAACCUGUCAGAACGUGAUCAGGAAAUCAGAGCACUUAAAGAAACAAUUUAUAAUGCGAAUAAGAGCUUAUCUGAAGAGAACCUGCACCUGCAAGCACAGAUGACGAAAUUAAUAAAGGAACACGCUUACCUAGAGGAUAAUCUGAAAGAGUGGGAUCUGCGUUGCCAGUCUGCGGAGGAGGAGCUUAAACGAUUGAAGGCUGGAAAAGCAGAAAUGGAAGUUCUAUUUAGAGCUGAAGUUGAGCAACUGAAGGCAAGAAUUUCUGAAAGAGAAGACUGCAUGGAAGAAUUGAACAGAAGUGUGGAGGUUCUUACAUUAGAAUACAACAAGGUGAUGAUGGAGAUGGCUGAAGGGAAUGUCAAGAUUUCUAAACUCACUGCAGACAUAAGUUCCAAGGAUGAUCAAAUCGAGCAAAUGAGCAAGCAUUUGCAUGAAUUACACAUUGAACAUGUCGAGCUGAUUGCUGAAACUGAGAGGGCACAUUCAGGAGUUACAGCGUUGAAGCAAGAGCUUGAGAGAAAAGAAGUCGUCAUCAUGCAAAGAGCUGAAGAGAAACGAGAGGUUAUCCGGCAGCUGUGUUUCUCACUUGAGCAUUACAGGAAUGGUUACCAUCAGCUUCGCCAAGCUUUUGUAGGACAGAAGAGGCUUCCGGUUAUAGCUUCAUAGUUUGUUUGUUAUUACUCUAGUUUUACAUGCAUGCUGCUUUGCGUUUAAAGAAUGCUGGAGGUUCAGAACGUGGUCUUUUGUAUUUUCACAACCACAACAGAUAUCACUCGGAUAUAAUCUAAUAAAGUUUCCUAUGAAUUUA